AAAAAACACUCAAGAGCCGCUCCCUGUCAUUGCAGGUUGCUGCAUUUCGUCCACACAAGACCGAGAGAGCAGUUUUUCAGCUCGGACUCUCUGCAGUGGCAGACAUGAAUGGAACAGGGCUAAAUGUGACUUGCCCUUCUGAGGCUGAAAGAGGAAUUCAAGUGGUUGUUACUCUGCUAAUAUUCCUGGUUGGGGUUCCUCUGAACGGGCUGGUGCUUUGGGCCCUGGGACUGCGCAGCAAUCGUCACCUGGUCCGCAGAGGCAGCACUGAAGAAACACGUGCUGCCAACAGUUUUCGGGUCUACGUACUGAAUCUGGCUCUGGCAGACAUCAUCUUGCUCCUCAGGACCCCUGUCAUGCUGGGCUUUCUGAUCAACAACUGCAGCUGGCCGUUCGGCUACACCUUCUGCCGCAUCAUCAUGUUCCUCCGGGUCCUGGGACUGUAUGCCUCCGCCUUUCUGAUCUGUGCCGUGGCACUGGAGCGGACCCUGUGUCUGCUGAGGCCGGUGUGGGCCCAACUACGACGGCCCGCCUGGGCGGUCCCGGUCGCCUGCGGCCUCUUGUGGCUCGUUGCAACAGCUUUGUCUGCCCCUUACCUUUACUUCGCCUACCUGCAGGAACACAAAGGGGCACUCUAUUGUAAGGAGAGUGGAAAUUUCACCAUGGGCCUGUUUGUUAUAGAGACAACUGCAGGAUUUUUGGUACCCCUGCUGGUGUUCCUGGGAAGCAACCUUGCAGUUGUGCUCACUAUCAAGCGGGUGGUGCCCCUCACACCUUCCUCAUCUGCCCCUUCAAUGGCACGCAAGAUGACCAGGAUGUACCACGUUCUCUUCAUAACCAUGUUUCUCUUCAUCACCUGCUGGGUGCCGUACUUUGUGUGUCGGUUCAUUGACGCCAUAACAAGGGGAACUCAUAUGUCAACAAAAGUAAAUACGGCCAUAUACAUUUCCCUGUUCUUUGUUUACAUCAAAAGUGCUCUCAAUCCUGUGCUGUACGUGUUCGCUGCCAGGGGCUUGAGCCGCGCCGUCAAGGCUUCACUCGUCUCCACCAUAGAGCGAUUUUUCAAUGAUGACUCCUUUGAGUCCAUACGAAGGAAGUCUAUCAAGAACUCCCAGGUGUAGGGCAGAAACAGUGCAGCACUUUAAGAUUUUUGAAUGUAAUAUCCAAGUCAGAGAAAGAAACUCUUUCAAUUUAUGUUCAUUUUUAAUUCAAAAAAUCCUCUUUUUUGUUUUUUUUUUGAACUGUUUAAAAAUUCACAAAAAAAGAGUCUGUAAGUCAUUUCCUCAGACAUCUUUCCUCCUUUGAAUGUGUGGGUUUUUAUAUGUUGCUCUUCUGCAUCCUUUUUGUCAUUGUGUUUUUUUAAUAUUAAAAUGCAAUUUUAUACAUUUUUUUUUUAAAAAUCACCAAAGGUUUGUCCUUUUUUUCAGUUAAUUCUUCAAAGUUUUACCAGUUUUUUGCUAAAAUUCUCCAAUUUAUUUUCUAUGUGAAAAAAAUGUUCUGUGUUUGAAUCAUUUUAUAAUAAAACUCAGUAGAUUUUCAAAUAA